AUGGCCUAUCCCACAGAGAUAGGUCCCCCAGGAACCCAGAGGGAGGUCCAUGCCCUAUCCUGGAGGUGCUGCGAGUGCGGGGCCUCCCUGUCCCACCAGUACUACGAGAAGGAUGGGCGGCUGUACUGCAAGAAGGAUUACUGGGCACGCUUUGGGGAGCUGUGCCACGGCUGCUCCGAGCACAUCACCAAGGGGCUGGUCAUGGUGGCUGGGGAGCAGAAGUACCACCCCGAGUGCUUCAGCUGCCUCAACUGCCGCACGUUCAUCGGGGACGGGGACACCUACGCGCUGGUGGAGCGCUCCAAGCUCUACUGCGGGCACUGCUAUUACCAGAUGGUGGUGACGCCGGUGAUCGAGCAGAUCCUGCCGGAUUCCCCGGCUUCCCGCAUCCCACACACCGUCACGCUCGUCUCCAUCCCCGCCUGCUCCGACGGAAAACGCGGCUUCUCAGUGUCCAUCGACCAGGGCUGUGGCACUGAGCACCCCCGCACCGUCCGUGUCCGAGAGGUGGACCCAGACUGCAUCAGCCCUGACAUGAAGAACUCCAUCCACGUGGGCGAUCGCAUCCUGGAGAUCAAUGGCACCCCCAUCGGCCACGUCCCCCUGGACGAGGCCUACCUCCACUCCAUGAACAUCAUCCACCGUGACCUCAACUCCCACAACUGCCUCGUGCGGGAGAACAAGAGUGUGGUGGUGGCUGACUUUGGGCUGGCGAGACUGAUGGUGGACGAGAAGAACCAGCCCGAACAUCUCAAGAACCUGAAGAAACCGGACCGCAAGAAGCGAUACACGGUGGUGGGGAACCCCUACUGGAUGGCCCCCGAGAUGAUCAAUGGGAGGAGCUACGACGAGAAGGUGGACAUCUUCUCCUUUGGCAUCGUCCUGUCCGGGGCCACUCGGCAUCUGCUCCUGGCCACGGGCGACACCGGCUGUGCCAUGGCCACCUGCCCCGAGCUGCAGCCUGGGCAAGAGGUACGGGGGCACCGACCGUCCCCGGCGGGGCGAGAGAGAGGGUAG